UCUAACGAAUCCUGAUCUAAAAAGUAUUGACUUAUCCCCGUCUAUGUUUAUCCUUAGAACUUCUAAAGUGAACAGCCUAAAAUGAACACAAACAGAGAUGUUUAGACAGUUUGUGUGAUCGUUACAUGCUCGUUGGUUGCGGUGACAAAAUAAUCAAUCUCACUGAACGGGAAGCAGCGUCCCAGUCAAGAAAAUGUAAAUAUCCGAUGCGAUGGACGAGGGAAGUAUAUGUGCGUCCAUGUCAAUGUGGCUUUCCUCUUCUUUCUUUAGUUCCGUCAUUAUGGUUUUAACGUUAAAUUUUGUGCGAAAUUAACAUCAAUGAAUCACAAAUUUUCUGAAAAAGUUGGAUUGACCCGAUGGUCUUCGAACUCUAACUUGGUCUUCAAUCAAGCGAUCUUAGAUGGCGAUGUCACCAAAGUCAAGUUUCUUUUGAAAUACUGYAGCCAAAACUUGAGCUUAAAUGAUCUUAAUAACCGCGGGAUGACGCCGUUACAGCAGAGCUGCUGCAACUCCAACUUGCAGAUUGUAACAUUAUUGUUGGACCACGGCGCAGACAUGGAGAAGGCUGACGACGAAGGACAGACAGCGCUUCACAUGGCCGUCAUGGCAAACUCGAUUAAAAUAGCAAAAUUUUUGAUUGAUUCUUGUGCGAAUCUCACAGCAAUGGACUCUAAAGGUAGAUUUCCUAUCGACCUAGCWGUGGAUGUGAAAAUGGUUGUAUUUUUGGCCAAGGAAAUGACCGCACAAGGUUACGAGGAAACGGCCAGGAUGUAUAUGGAAAAAUGGGGGUUGAUUGCUCCAAAACCAGAUGACGACGACUUCGAAGGACCGCUUUCUCCUGUGUCAUUUUACGAUGACAAUUCAAGCGACGAAUCGCCCUCUAAAGAAAACAAAAUGGAUUUUACAUAAAAAUCAAAAUAGUCUAUUCAUAUAGAAAGAAUUAUAUUUCUAUACGCGUUUUGGAAAUUGAAAUUGAAGCCACGUUUUCAUUCGCUUUUACAAAAUUCAUAUUUUCACCACAAAAACAGCUUUUAUAUAUUAUUACAGAGAAAAAUAUCCUACAGGAACAUAUGAAUAUUUCAUAUUUUAGCGCUUCAGCAAGCAAACAAUAUAUAGUUUUUUUAAAACAGACGUUAUUUCAAGAAGAAAAGUGAGUCUCGAUUUCAAUCAGUAUGACUCAUGUCAUACUCAACUCGAUUAUGUAAAUUUGGAGCGUCUUUGAAACAACAAGUCUGGUCGACGCGCGGUAGAUCAAAUAUUCAUCUUUUAAUACCUUGCUUUGUUAUUGAAAUUGUUGGCAUUAAACUGAAAAGAUCUUUUA